UGUGGGGCGGGCUCUCGGUGGUGCGGCCGGCGGGCAGCGAUGGCGGCCGUACGCGGCCUGCGGGUGUCGGUGAAGGCGGAGGCCCCGGCCGGCCCGACCCUGGGGCUCUCCUUGCCCGAAGCAGAGUCCGCUUUGGAGCGCGGCGAGCCGGAGCCCAUGGAGGUGGAGGAGGGCGAGCUGGAGAUCGUCCCGGUGCGGCGCUCGCUGAAGGAGCUGAUCCCGGACACCAGCAGAAGAUACGAGAACAAGGCUGGCAGCUUCAUCACCGGAAUCGAUGUCACUUCCAAAGAAGCAAUUGAAAAGAAAGAACAGCGAGCCAAGCGUUUCCAUUUUCGAUCAGAAGUAAAUCUUGCUCAGAGAAAUGUAGCCUUGGACCGAGACAUGAUGAAGAAAGCAAUCCCCAAGGUGCGUCUGGAGACCAUCUACAUUUGUGGAGUGGACGAGAUGAGUACCCAGGACAUCUUCUCCUAUUUUAAGGAGUACCCGCCAGCUCACAUUGAGUGGCUGGACGACACCUCGUGUAAUGUGGUUUGGCUGGACGAAAUGACAGCCACACGAGCCCUUAUUAAUAUGAGCUCUCUGCCAGCCCAGGAUAAGCUCAGAAGCAGGGAUACUGGUGAAGAAAAGUCAUCUGAGAAAAGUAAAAAAGAUAAGCCGGAAGACAGUUCUGAUGACGACGAGGCUGAGGAAGGAGAAGUUGAAGAUGAAAACGCAAGUGAUGUGGAGUUGGACACACUGUCUCAGGUAGAAGAAGAGUCUCUCUUAAGAAAUGAUCUUCGUCCAGCUAACAAACUAGCUAAAGGAAAUAGAUUGUUCAUGAGAUUUGCUACAAAAGAUGACAAAAAGGAGCUUGGAGCAGCCAGACGGAGUCAGUAUUACAUGAAAUAUGGGAAUCCAAAUUACGGAGGCAUGAAAGGAAUUCUUAGCAAUUCUUGGAAGCGAAGAUAUCACUCCCGUCGCAUUCACCGGGACGUGAUCAAGAGGCGAGCUCUGACUGGGGAUGACGUCGGCUUGACUUCAUACAAGCACCGACAUUCCGGACUAGUGAAUGUUCCUGAGGAGCCCAUCGAAGAGGAGGAGGAAGAAGAGGAGGAGGACCAGGACAUGGAUGCCGAUGACCGGGUGGUGGUGGAGUACCAUGAGGAGCUCCCUGCCCUCAAGCAGGCCCGGGAGCGGGGUGCGUCCAGGCGCUCAAGUGACAGCAGCUCAGACUCGGAUGAAAUGGACUAUGAUCUGGAACUGAAAAUGAUUUCCACCCCUUCACCAAAGAAAAGCAUGAAAAUGACCAUGUAUGCCGAUGAAGUGGAAUCUCAGUUGAAAAAUAUUAGGAACUCCAUGAAGGCAGAUAGCAUUUCCACAAGCAAUAUCAAAAACCGAAUCGGUAACAAAUUAUCAACAGAGAAGUUUGCAGAUGUUCGGCAUCUGCUAGAUGAGAAACGGCAGCAUUCAAGGCCACGGCCACCAGGCAGCAGCACCAAAUCAGAUAUACGCCAGCGGUUAGGCAAGAGACCAUAUUCUCCAGAGAAGGCUUUUAGUGGUAACCCGAUGGCUCGGAGAGAGCCCCCUUCCGACGUGCACAGUAGGCUGGGUGUUCCCAGGCAGGAUGUUAAAGGUCUCUACUCGGACACUCGGGAGAAGAAGUCAGGUGGCUUAUGGAAUCGCUUAGGAUCUGCACCCAAGACCAAAGAAAAGAACCUGAAGAAAGUGGAUCCCAGGGUACCCGGCACUGAGGAAGAUGAUUCCGAGCUGCAAAGGGCGUGGGGGGCUCUGAUUAAGGAGAAAGAACAGUCUCGCCAAAAGAAGAGCCGCUGUUACCAGCACCCUUUUCCCAAGAAAAGUCAAUUCCCAGGUGCUUAUUGGACAGCCUUCGAAGGGGAAGAUGAGGGAAGCUGCCAGCUCAGCCUUCCUGGACCCCAGUGUGGGGGCCGAAUCUCAAGGGCCUGAUCUCAGAGGUGUACCUGUGCCGCCCACGUAGCUGAGAGGCCCAGCGUUGACCGCCCUUCUUCUGCUCCCGGGGGAUUCUGUCAGAGGCCUCUUACUGGCUGUCGGCUUGACAUCAAGUUCAGUGCUCUGGGGGUCUUGUAGGGGGAAAAAACUGUGACUUCUGGAUUUGGGGUUGAUUUUGGGUUAGGGGUGGGGUCGUGGGUUCAUGUUGAACAAUUUUUAAGUAUUAUGUUGAAGAAAUACUGAUGAUUUAAAAGUUUAAAUUUUUAAUUUUUAUAUGUGGAAAUUCUUCCUGUUGGUUACAGGGGAAGCUCAAGUAGUGUCUUCUUUUGUGCUGUUAAAUAUAUAUUAUAUACUUUGGAAGAAGGCAAAGAGAGGAGUCUCAUUAUUUUUAAAUGCCUCUGAUAGUCUGUGCAUUGUACAUAGGGCUCCGCUCGCUUUGGGUCCAUGGUAGCAAAAAGUCUACCCAUCUGAGAUGGGGAACUGUGUCAUCACUUCAGAAGUGAUGCCUUAAUAUUUAUUCUUUCUGUCUCCAAGUUGUGGCACUCGAAGACUGUUUUAAAACUAGCAAAUAAGAGAAUAAGUUACAGAAAUUUUCACUGGCUUAGUUUUAAACUCCCUUCAGAUAAUUUUCCUUCAAAAAGGAAAUUCUGUUGUCCUCCUCUGAUUUUUAUCUAGAAGUAUUUAAUUUGAUUUCCCUCUGCAGGCUGAAAAAUAGUGUUUCAUUUCAGUGCACUAAAACUUGAGAGUCCAGUACACAGUAAGCCUCGUCCCUUUUGUGAUGUCCCCGUUGGCCACAGCCUGCAGUGUCCUAGCGGAAGCCCGGACCCCAGAGACCUUGACUUGUGGCUGAGCUAGUGGUCACACUGAUUCCCCUGGGGUCCGAGGGAAUCUGGAAUACAGAACCCAUUGGUCACAAAGAAAGCAAAGGGCUUUAUUUUCUUGAAACAUGAAAGCU